UAGUAUCAUUAUUGUGUAGAAGACGAGAGAGAUUAAAAGCUUCAGCGCUAACAAACAAAAACAUUGGAAGAGUAAUGGACGUGUAACUCUUGCGCUUCCUCCACUCACCACUCUCCAAUUCAUCAUCAUCAUCAUCAUGGACAACAACCCAGCAGCGGAGUACAAAACCCUACUGUGGGUUCCCAAUCUUGAAACCAAAAGCAGCAACGGUGGUGUUGGUGGUGAUAAUAACAGAGGGAUUAGUAUUGCAGAGAGAAGAGCAGCGAAGUGCGGGUUCAAAAUGAAAGCGGAGAGGAUCAAUACAGCCCGCUUUCGAACCACCAGCCCCUUGACAUCUCCGCUUCGCUCUCCCUUUAUAACCAUUCCUUCUGGCAUCAGCCCCACUGCCUUGCUUGAUUCGCCCAUUAUGCUAUCCAAUUCUCAUGUUCAGCCGUCUCCGACCACUGGAACUUUUCCAUUAUCCCCUCUCAAAUAUGAAAGUGAAAGUUUGUUGCGCUGUGGUGAUGGGGAGAGGGGGAGUAAUGCAGGUGGUCUCUCCUUCAGGUUCAGAUUCAAGCAUCUUGGGAAUUCUCUUCCACUCUCAGAAAAUCAGGGUAAUGAUUUUGACUUUGAAGCUACUCUCUUGAUGGACCCAUCAAUGGAUUUUCAGCUUCCAGUGGAAUUUUCAAAGCAAGUUACUCCAGAUAAAUGCACAAGUGAUUCACAUACUGAUGUCAAUGUCUUAGAUAGCGUGAUUGGAAAUGCCAACAUUAGUGACAUGCAAAUUUGCUCUUCUGAUUUGGCUAGUAAUCCCAUUUAUGUACAAAGAGAAACUAUCCAUGGAGAAAAUGUUGCGUCAUGUCGCCUUAUGGAAGAAAUUAAACGAACAUUACCUGCAACAACAAUUGGAAGGUCUUCAGAAGAUGGAUACAAUUGGAGAAAGUAUGGGCAGAAACAGGUUAAAGGUAGUGAAUAUCCUAGAAGCUAUUAUAAGUGUAACCAUGCAAAUUGUCUGGUAAAGAAAAAAAUAGAGUGUGCCCAUGAGGGCCAAAUAACAGAAAUCAUUUACAAAGGUUCACAUAAUCACCCUAAACCUCAGCCAAGUUGUGGAGCACCACCUGGACCAGCUUCUUCAUUAGAUGGAACGCCAGAGAUGGAUCAAGGCGAAUCAGUUCAGAAAAACACAAAGUCAGGGUUCAAGGAUAUUAAAGUUCAGUCUGAUUGGAGGACUGAUGGCCCGCAAAGGACGUCCUCAACCUCUGCUGUGACUGAGCUCUCAUCAACCACUCAAAUAAAAUCUUUAGAAACAUAUGAAUCAACAAAAACUCCGGAACUUUCCUCCACACUUGCAAGUCAUGAUGAUGAUGGGGUUACUCAGGGAAGCUCGUUUGGUGCUGAUGCUGAUGAUGAGUCUGAGUCAAAAAGAAGGAAGAUAGAGAGCUGCUUGGUUGAAACAAAUAUGGCAUCCAGGGCUGCUAUCCGUGAGCCAAGAGUUGUUGUUCAAAUUGAGAGUGAAGUGGACAUACUAGAUGAUGGUUACCGCUGGAGGAAGUAUGGGCAAAAAGUUGUCAAGGGGAAUCCAAACCCUAGGAGCUACUAUAAAUGCACAAGUGCUGGAUGUUCAGUUAGGAAGCAUGUGGAGAGAGCCUCCCACGAUCUGAAAUAUGUAAUUAUAACUUACGAAGGGAAACACAAUCAUGAAGUGCCUGCAGCCAGAAACAGCAGUCACGGAAACUCAACUGGUAGCAAUUUUUCCCAGACUACUGGCAAUGCACAGCUUGCCCUGGCAUUGGCCAGAAACACCAAUGCGCCAAACCCUGAAGCACAAAUUCAAGAGUUUGCACCCAGUUUUGAUAGAAAACCAGUAUUUAACAAUGACUAUUUGAGAUCCAAUUUGCCUGGAAAUUUCAGUAAUGAAAUGAAUCUUGGGUCUUCCUUUGUUUACCCCAUGAGGUUUCCUCCCAUCCAAAACGCCAUGCCUUAUGAUUCUUUUGGGGUCAGCAACAACCAGCUUGCUGCCAGUCACUCUGGAUCUGUUGCCUCGCUUGUUCCAGAUUUUCCAAGAUCAUUGUCGCCAUGUCUUCAAACAGCUGCAAAUCUUUCUCUGGCUAGAGUUGAUUUUAGUUGUGAUGGGAAACCAGUUGGUCAAGUUCAGACUUUCCUCCAGGGACAGCAGUCGAUCAGGCCUAAACAAGAGCAAAAGGAUGAUAACAUUUAUGGUGCUAGCUCGUCCAUCAUGGAUAAUCUAAAUGCACCAUCUUCAUCAUUGUCAGUAUAUCAUCAGCUCCUGGGAAACUUUCAAUCUUAAAAGAUCUACUUCGCUUCAAAGAAGUGGAAACUGUUUCCUUUUACUUUUCAAUGCUUUGCAAUAAAUUUUUGGCCCCAAUACCCACAGAAAAGCAAUUUGAUUUUUUAUUCCUUUGAUAGGAAAGUACCUUAUUUCUUAUAGAAACUUCAUACAGGUUUUUAUAUUAAUUCAUAUAGCUUUCAAAUUUA